AUGAACGAAGUUAGCUACAAUAAGAAUCUACUUCUCGAUCAAGGAACGCUCUCAAUAAAUCCAAUGGAAAUGGCACCGUUUGAUCGAAUGAUAUGUAGAACAAAUCAACUGGCUUAUCCAUCAAUCAUACCUUAUUCAUCUAAUCAAUCGAAUCCAUUAAAUAGCAAUACAUUAACGAAACGAUCAUGGCCGCCUAUAACAAAUCUCUUGACGUGCAAUAUUGCUAAUGGCCUAUGUAUUCCAUUGGAGCCUAUUGCCAAAAAGGCGAAGGUAGAUGAUGAAAAUUCGUCUAAUUGUGUUGAAACAAAUAGUUUUCACAAAAAAUCUCAUAAAAAAACAUCUCAAGAAAAAAUUCUAAACGAAUAUUGGGAUAAUAAAUCUAAGAAAGUAGUAAGAGAGCAAUUUGAACUUGAUGAACGUUUAAAAUUGCAAUGCAAUCGAGAAGAGCUUGCUCGUAUUGAACGUAUCAGAAAACAACAAAUAUACAAUGGUGCUUUGAUUGAUGCUUAUAAUCAAGACCAAGAUAUCGAAUUUGAAUUAGUGCUUGAGACCAAUCACUACACAAAUGAUAUUAUCAUAGAAGUUUCUCUAUUACUCGUAAUCAAUAUGAAACCUCAUCAAAUUGAUGGUGUGAAAUUUUUAUGGAAUCAAGUUUUUGAAUCAACAACUCGAAUUGCUGCUAGUAUUGACGAGCAAUCUCAUCUUGAUCUAGGUGGUUCGGGUGCAAUAUUAGCUCAUUGUAUGGGAUUAGGAAAAACCUUUACUACAAUUGCAUUUCUUCAUACACUCAUCCGAUAUUCUAAAUUGACAAAUAUUCAUCGAGUACUAAUUUUAUGUCCAAUUAGCACUGCUAUCAAUUGGAAAAAUGAAUUUCAUAAUUGGCUAAAAGAUCUUGAACCAACUAUUAAUGCAUAUGUAUUCAAUAAUGAUGAGAUACGACCAGAAAAGCGAGAUGAUUUUCUUCGUUGCUGGUAUGAAAAUGGUGGAAUUUUAUUGAUGGGCUAUGAAAUGUAUCGUCAAUUAACAUAUACAAUUGAGGAUAAUCCUAAAGAACUUUGUAGAAAUAGAAAUCGUUUCAAUAUGAAUAAGCGAAUGCCAUCACUGAUUGAACAAGCAAAUAUUGAAAAAUAUCGUAAAUAUCUACGCAAUCCAGGUCCCGAUCUAGUCAUCUGUGAUGAAGGACAUAUUCUUAAAAAUCCAAGAAGUGCAAUAGCUUGCACAUUACAUAGGAUACGUACACGUCGUCGUAUUGUACUGACAGGUACACCAAUGCAAAAUAAUUUGAAAGAAUAUUUUUCUAUGGUUAACUUUUGUAAACCAAAUUUUCUUGGUACUGACUAUGAGUUUUCUUACCAAUUUCGUACACCGAUUGAAGCAGGUCAACAUCGAGAUAGUUCACCAAAGGAUGUUGCAUUAAUGCGUCGUCGUAUCUAUGCACUCAGACAACGUUUACAAACUAUUAUACAUCGACGAGGUUUUGAGGUGUUACGUUUGUUUUUACCACCAAAGUUUGAAUAUACAAUUAAGAUCAAAUGUCGGCCGAUGCAGCGGAAACUUUAUGAAACAUAUCUUAUGCUUCAAAACUCAAAUGCGAUAAAUACUAAUCUUAAUAUGACUAAAUUAUUUAGUGAUUAUCAAUAUUUAAUGAAGAUCUGGACACAUCCUUGGCUUCUUCGACCAUAUUGUAUAGAAUAUUACAAUAAAAUGUUUCAUAAUUCAAACGAACAAGAGAUAGAAAACAUAUUUGAAGAUGAUUCAAAUGAUUCAAAUGAUGCAAAUAGUAAAACAAACAAAGCAUUAGUUACACAAAAUAUAUUAUCAUUACCAACCAUAAAUAUAAUAAAUGAAUCUUCUGAAGAAAAUUUAUCUAAUUUUAUGAAACAACAAUGGUGGUUCAACAUAGUUGAUUUGAACAAUUCAAAGUUUGAUUUUGAAUUAUCGGGAAAGUUUCUAAUAUUCAAAGCAAUUUUGGAUGAAUGUGAAUCGAUUGGUGACAAGUUACUUGUUUUUACUCGAAGUUUAAUUGCUCUGAAUUAUCUUGAACAAUGUCUUGCUUAUUGGAGUGCACAAUCUUUUUCAUCCAAAUGGAUGAAAGGUGUUGAUUAUUUUCGAAUAGAUGGUAAAGUUCAAAUGAAACAAAGAGCAGCUGAUAUUGAAUUAUUCAAUGAUAUUAAAAAUACGCGUAGUCGUCUAUUUUUAAUCUCAACAGUUGCUGGUGGUUUAGGAAUAAAUCUUUUUUCUGCUAAUCGUGUGAUUAUUUUGGAUACUAGUUGGAAUCCAGCUCACGAUCUUCAAGCGAUGUUUCGUUCAUAUCGACUUGGUCAAACGAAGCCUGUCUAUAUCUAUCGUCUCAUUGUCAAAGGUACGAUGGAAGAAAAAAUCUAUAAACGACAAAUAACCAAACAAGCUAUGUUUCAUCGUGUAGUUGAUGCUAAACAACUUGCUCGUCAUUUCACGUAUGAUGAACUUGCUCAACUUUAUCAAUUUGAUUUCGAUAUGGAUUAUGAUCCUAUGGACAAAUAUGAUGCCAGUCGAGUUCAAGAUAAAAUUUUACGAAAUCUUCUUAAUGAUCAUGGCGAUACAAUUAUUUCCUAUUGUGAACAUGAUUCAUUUUUAAUUCAUCAUGAUGAAGAAAAUUUAACAUUAGAAGAGCAAAAUCAAGCUAAGAGUGAAGAUGUAAACACAUCAGCGCGAGCGCGAAGAUCAUGA